AUGCGAAAAAUGAAAAAGGGUGAAAAGAAUGGGGAAGAGCGAAGAAAAAAAAAAGAUAAGAGAGAAAAGGAAGAGAAAAGUAAAGAAGAAAAAGGGCAAAAAAAGGAAAAGGGAAUGAAAAAAAAUAAAGAAAGAAAAAAAAGAAAAGAGAAAGAUGAAGAAAGAAUAAAGAGAAGGGAAGAACAGAAUGAACGAAGAAAAAAGAAGAAUGAAGGGAGAAAAGAAAGAAUAAAAAAGAAAAAGGGCAAAAAAGAAAGAAGAGAAGGGCGAAAAGAAAAAAAGUUAGGAAAGAAAAAAGGCACAGAAAAGAAGAGCGAAGAAAAAAGACGAGGCAAAAAGGAAAAGAAAGAAGAACGAAUAAAAAGAAAAAAGAAAAAGGGCGCAGAAAAGAAGGGUGAAGAAAAAAGGUGA